AGACUCCUUUGGAAACAAGUCAACCACCCCAGGGGAAGAAAGAGCUUCCCCUGGCAAUAGGGGGUGGCCCUAACCCAGAGGACACCAACAAACCUUUCUUUCCCUUGAGUUGGCCUCAAGCCUCCUCCUCUUUCGCUAAUUCUCCCCUUUCAAGCCUUGUCAAACCAAACACAGCCUCCCAUGGAGAACCACCGCUCCGGGGUCACCAUAACUCUGACAAUAAUCGCCGUCCUUGGCCUCGUGUCCUUCGCACUCUGCAUCGCGGCCGAAUUUAAGAAGACAAAGAAGAAGGACAUCAAGUUGGAUGGAAAGCUCUGUAGUUUGCCAGGGAGUCAUGCUUUCAAUUUCGGUAUAGUUGCUCUUUUCUGUCUGAUCAUUGCUCAGAUCAUUGGGAACGCAAUAAUCUGCAGAAAUUUCUGUUCAAGAGAGAAGAGAACCGGUUGGAAGUCCAAAAAACCAAUGGUUGCAAUCAAUUUUCUGGUUCUCUCAUGGAUCAGCUUUGUAAUUGCAUUUGUAUUAAUAGCUGCAGCCACAAGUAUGAACAAAAGGCAAUUAUACCAGAAAGGAUGGUUAGACGGCGAUUGCUACGUCGUUAAAGACGGAAUAUAUAUUGGUUCGGCUACGCUAGUCCUCCUUACCACGAGUUUGACGCUCAUUUCGGCCAUCAUAACAAGGAAUAACCCAAUUGAACAAUGCUGGAAGGUGCAUGCACAAAGUUCAUGACAAAAUUGAGAUCAAAAGAACAUGACAGAAAGAGAGAGACGGAGAAAGAGAGAGGCUGAACAGCUAAAGCCAAUCUACGGGGGUGGGUGGGAGAGAGACAACUGCACCAUAUAUCAACUGCAUCCACCGAAGAAAUGGACUGCAUAAAUAAACAGAAAGAUACAAAACUGUAACCAUUCUUUUGGAUGUGGUAUUGGGGAAGAUGGUGAAUAAAGGAAUUCCUCUACAGCUCACUUGGGACUUUUGGUCCCCACCUAAUGUUAAAAAAAAUUAUAUGAAAAAAAAAAAAUUUGCCAAAA